CUUCCUUGACAGUCGUUCGGUGCUGCUUGUGAAACUCUGGUUUACAGUAGCCUCAGCCCUGAAUUUUAAACAGGUUUCAACAGUUGAGAAUCGGCUGCAACCGCGCAGAGCUCUCUCCAUUCUCCUAUGAAGUGUUGCUGUGUCUCUUCCGAUGGAAUACAGCUCCUUUCACGGAGACCAGGCAAUGGACAGCCUGGAGAGGCAGCUGAUUUGCCCAGUCUGUCUGGAGCUCCUCACCAGACCCGUGGUAAUACUGCCCUGCCAGCACAACUUGUGCCGCAAGUGUGCCAAUGACACAUUUCAGACUCGAGGGACCUUGGUGGGGACAGGGGGGAGGUUCCGGUGCCCGUCCUGCUGUCACGAGGUGGUCCUGGACAGACACGGAGUCUACGGCCUUCAGCGCAACCUGUUGGUGGAGAGCAUCAUUGACGUCUACAAGCAAGUGUCUUCCAACUCGAGACCCCGGUCGAAGCCUGCAGGCCACCUUACCUGUGAGGAGCAUGAAGAAAAGAUGAACAUCUACUGCAUCUCCUGCCAGGUGCCCACCUGCUCCCUCUGCAAGGUGUUCGGCACACACAAGCACUGCCAGGUCACCCCGCUGCCAGACGGCUACAAACAGCAGAAGUCUGAACUCGGUGAUGGCAUCAGCUGUCUCAUCGCUGCCAACGACAGAGCCCAGGCAGUCAUCACUCACCUGGAAGACACCUGCAGAAACGUUGAGGAUAACUGCAAAAGACAGAAGCAGACGCUAUGUGAGAAGUUUGACCACAUGAACGCCAUCCUGGAGGAACGCCAGAAGAUCAUGGUGCAGAGAAUUACCUACGAGGAGGAAGAGAAGACUGGCUACACGCGCUCUCUGAUGAGAACCUGCAGGGAGCACAUUGAGGCCACUUCCAAGCAGGUGGAAACGGGACUGCAGGCCAUGGAGGAGCCCCAGAUGGCCCCCUUCAUGCAGAAUGCAAGGAUUCUGAUUGAAAAAAUGUCAGCGGCCGUGAAAGACUCCACGCUGGAGGAGCUGCAGUCUGGCUAUGAGAACAUGGAUCACUACCGAGUGGACUUCAACGCACUGGAGAGAGCUCUCUCCCAGCUGGACUUCGUAAAACUUGAGCAGAAGAAUGAUGAUGUCCAUGAGGAGGAGCCUGAACAGGGUUGUGGGGAGGACUCUGAGGACACAGCUGCCAAGUGUGCGCCGCUCAAGGAAACAGACGAGGGGAGAGCCCAGGCAGAGAGCUCCAUGGACAUCAAGAAAGAAGAGGCCUCUGACACUGAUGGGACAAGCGCACUGCAGGCAGCAGCCCUCUUCUUGUCCAUUCUGGUACUGGUGAUCUUCCUUCAAGGCCUCUGGAGACGCAUUGAAUACACAGCUUGUACUUACUUGGCAAAGCUGGACGGAGAUUGAAUGAACCAAGAGUGACAGCUCUGCCCUGAAUCUUGACCCUCAGCACCUGCCAGCGAGUCGGCCGUCGCAUCUCCUCCUCGUGGUUAAACUCACUUUCCAAAAAGAAAAAGACUGAAGAACACCAGAUUGCUUUGUGUUCAAGGGAACUGAAUGGACGGCAAUGAAAAAGCAAGUUAUUGCAGUUCAGUCAAGAUGCGUAGGUAUGGAGGAGAAAACUUUAAAGGAAAGGAAAUCUGUUAAAGUAAAAGCUGGAGCUCAGCAUUCUUUAUGGUUAAUCUUUCAAAGUAAUAAAAAUCUUAUGUAAGAAAAAGUGGCCUUUGUGGGCAAAACAUUGCAAGUUGUACUGCACAAAAAAGUGAUUGUUGGUUAGUGUCUGUGGUACAGACCCCUCAGACACACAACAGUGCUGCAAUAAACACCUUUUUAGUCUUAAUGCAGAAAUCAAAUUAAAAGCUACUGAGCCUCUAUAAGAACAGCAUUAAAUACAAGAAGGUCUUAAAAGACCAGCUGGACCUUGCGGUAUGUUUCAGGACAAGACUGUUUUGUGCAGGUUUAAGAACAGAUUGAUUUAUUUUUUUUCUGGGUGUGUUUUUACCUUGAUUUCCUUUGAAAGCAGGGGCAGAAUGUAAUGUGUGAUGCAUGCUUAAGGCUCUGAAAACGGCUUCAUUAUCUACUGCAGUACAAUGCAGAAGGACCCUGUUGUGUAUUUCUGUAACGGAGUUGUACUUUAACAGUUGUUUUGAAGAGUAAUAAGUUAAUUGCCAGUGACAUGUUUGCAAAUAGAAGUCUUUCCUGUGUAACGCACUAGUACGAUUACCUUUACACCAGACUGGAACAUUGUGUGGGCGUUGUGUUGUCUCUACAGAUUGCCUUUAGGACAGAAUAAGCAAGCUGUAUCUGAAACGUGAGUGCACAACAUGUGUGCGACAUGUAGACUAGACUGCAAUUCAUUAAUAUUCACAGUACGGGUUGCAAGUGGUGUGCAGUUUAAAUAGAAGCCUUCAAAUUGGUAAUGCGUGUUUUGCUGUUCAUAGUUACAGAACUACCUGCUGCCACUAGUGCAAAACAGUGUGUUUUAUGGAUUUUUACAUUAUCCAUGUGUUUAGUUAUUUCACAUUUGCACAUUUUGCUUAAGAUAUUGUUAUCCAAUUAUUUGCACAAUAGUAAUAGCUGUCUGUCGAUCAAUAACUCAUGUACAGAACAGAUGUGCCCCCCCCCACCCCCCCAACAACGCAAAACAAAGAACUAUGUUCAUUUCCUCCUUUAUCACAAAUAGAAUAAUCUCCCUUCAGCGUGUCUGAACCCAUGAGUUUAUAGAAAGGACUGUAGACCUGUUAUGAUGUUUUAAACGCAGUUUGAUAUUCAUGAGCCUGCAGUCACUUAUAAGAGGUUCGAACUGUUACGAUUAUUGAAACGGUCAAAACUUUGUGAUAAGGGCCCAAUGUUUUAGAAAGCUUCAAAUUAAACAUGGUAUCAAAAUAGAACAAAGAAGCGAUACAACGUGCAGCUACCAAACACAGACCACAGAGAGAUAAGGACAGGACAGCCAUGCAAAAAUGAAUCAUCAACAU